AUGAUUGCAACAGGGGGCCUCCUGCGUAUCAACCGGGGGCGGCAGGACUCCCAGAACCAAGCUGAGAACAAGAGGAGGAAACAAGCCAAGAGAAAGAAGAACGAUGUGGUGGUGGUGAAGGGGAAACUCAACCUACGUUCCCCAUCUGGGCUGUUGGCUGCAGUGGGAGUGGUGGUGUUGAUGGUCGGGAUAGCCAUGGCUGUGCUGGGUUACUGGCCACAUGAAGGCCACAGCCAGGGGUACACAACCAGGGUAUCACCAGGGGAGGAGCGCACAGGCAACGGCAGGACGAGCUACUCCAAGAGCCCCUUGGUGUCUGCCACCUGGAGCCAUAAUAACAACAACAAUACAGCCAAUCAGACUGUUGGGGAGUUGACCAACCAGACUGUUGGGGAGUUGACCAACCAGACUGUUGGGGAGUUGACCAACCAGACUGUUGGGGAGUUGACCAACCAGACUAGUGUUGAGUUGACCAACCAGACUGUUGGGGAGUUGACCAACCAGACUGUUGGGGAGUUGACCAACCAGACUGUUGGGGAGUUGACCAACCAGACUAGUGUUGAGUUGACCAACCAGACUGUUGGGGAGUUGACCAACCAGACUGUUGGGGAGUUGACCAACCAGACUGUUGGGGAGUUGACCAACCAGACUGUUGGGGAGUUGACCAACCAGACUGUUGGGGAGUUGACCAACCAGACUGUUGGGGAGUUGACCAAUCAGACUGUUGGGGAGUUGACCAACCAGACUGUUGGGGAGUUGACCAACCAGACGAGUGGGUUUAUCUCUGACUUCUUGGACAACUAUCUGUACUCAGACAACCUGAAGGUGUUUGGCCCCUUAGUAAUGGGGAUAGGCAUAUUUAUCUUCAUCUGUGCAAACGCCGUGCUUCACGAGAACAGAGACCAGAAGACCAAAGUCAUCGACCUCAGAGACAUCUACUCCACGGUCAUCGACCUCCACAACACACGGACCAAGGACUACUCGCCGAGUAACGGACUGGUCAACUACGUGCAGCCCAGAGGCAGUGUUGAUGUAUACUCAGGGUCUUACAACCCCGGCGGGAUACUAGAGCUAGGUUGCAGCUCCUGGCUUUCCAAUACCGGGUCCGGCCACCAGGGGGAGUCCGUCAGCGCUGAGCAGCAGUCCAGACGACCAUCAAUGGCAGGGAGGCAGUGUAGCUGGUCGAGAGACAACCAGACGUUCACAGACACUGUCUACAGUAUCUACAGGGACCAGAAGCGCAGGUGUUCGGAGCAGGUGCCCUGCCCCAGACAGUGGGACUCAGAGCAGGCCUCGUACCCCAGUCAGUGGGACUCAGAGCAGGCCUCGUACCCCAGUCAGUGGGACUCAGAGCAGGCCUCGUACCCCAGUCAGUGGGACUCAGAGCAGGCCUCGUACCCCAGUCAGUGGGACUCAGAGCAGGCCUCGUACCCCAGUCAGUGGGACUCAGAGCAGGCCUCGUACCCCAGUCAGUGGGAGGGUACAGGCUCCAUCGUCUCUUCAUCUGUCAACGCUUUCAAGCUCCCCGUCAUCAAACUGAACAACUGUGAGGUGGAGGAGGAGAGGGGACAGGCCGAGAGAGAGGAGACAGAGGGUUGCUCGGAGGAAGAGAUCAUAAAAGUCAAGGAUUUUAGUGAAAAUGGGAUCGAGGAAGAGCAGGUAGCAGGCUACAGUCAAGGUCUGGGCACUAAAGAGAAAGACGCUUCAAGGACUUCAUUGAAUCCUCAGGAAGCAUAUAAUCUACGUCUGGACCCUACAGACAAGGAUGCUUCAAGAAGGGCUUCAUCGAAUCCUCAGGGACCCUAUAAUCUAAGUCUGGACCCUACAGAGAAGGAUGCUUCAAGAAGAGGCUCAUUGAAUCCUCAGGAAGCAUAUAAUCUAAGUCUGGACCCUACAGGGAAGGAUGCCUUCAGGAGGAGCUCAACCUCGUUGACUCCCCAGGAGUAUACAGAGGGUCUAGAAAUUACCCUUACUGAACACCAGGGAGGCGCUACAGGGACAGACCCUCACCCCACAGGGCUCCCAACUAUUCCCCCCCCUCCCACUCUCACGUCUCCAGGGUGA